AUGACAUUAAAUAAGACGAAACUAGCAAAGGAUAUUCGUUUGGAUAGACAUAGUGCAAACCCAAAAAGUUCUGCAUAUGGUGAUAAAUCAGGUGUAAAAGGAGGAUCAGGCCUAUAUAAUUGGGGUAAUGAAACUAAAGACAAUGAAGAAAUUUUAGAGAGGAGAGAGGUUGAUAGUCAAGACCCAAUUUAUGAUAGUGAUGAAGAGACUAAGAAAGAGAGAACGGCUAAACAUAUAAAAGGAACUAAUAUAAACUAA